GCUAUUUCAUGACGUGAUGAAACUAACAACACCAACAGUCUGCCUGCUAAUUUUCUCCCUAAUCUACUGUUGCCAUUGUUUGAGAUUUAGGAUUGAUGGGACCACAUGUGCUGUGGGAUUUGUCUAAGGUGUUUAAAAUACAUCGAAAGGGUUAGGGUUCAGAGGCCAGUUGUGGAGACUGUGUGUGUUUGACACCACUGUCCUCCAGGCUCCUGUGCGCCUGCCCGCCUCAGGAGGGGGCAGGAUGUGAUGUCACAGCGGCGCUCCCUUCUUCCUGUCCGGCGGUGUGUGUGAGAGAGGUGGAGGCUCCACCCACACGGCGAGCAGACGAACAGGAGAGAUGUUUGAGGUGAAACCCCGUGGCGUGGGGAAGAAGGGCGGAAGCACAGAGACUGAUGACACCAGUAGCAGCAGUAAGCUGUGUGGUGGUGGGGGGUCGGGGUCGAUGGGCUCCCAGGGGUCAGAGUCUCUGUACCUGUAUGACAGCCAGGACUGGGUGAUCUCUCCCAUCUGCUCCCCUGAAGAGGAGCCCUGCCCCACCGCCAUCUCCCCCAUGCUGGCCGAGGAGACCUUCAGAUACAUGACUUAUCUUUCCCUGGAUCCCUCUUCCUACUCUCACCCUGGCUCCCGAGUCCUCAGUGCUGAUAGGGUGGAGCAGAUGACCAAGACCUACAAUGACAUUGAGGUUGUCACACAUCUAUUGGCUGAGCGGGACCGGGACUUGGAGCUGGCCGCUCGGAUUGGUCAGUCUCUGCUUCAGAGGAACCACCUGCUCCAGGAACGCAAUGAGUCUGUGGAGGAACAGCUAGCACAGGCCCUGGACCAGGUGCACCAGCUACAACAUGAGCUGGGGAAAAAGGAUGAGUUGCUGCGGAUGGUGGCCAGCGCUUCGGAGGAGAGUGAGACUGAUUCCAGCUGCUCAACGCCGCUGCACCCCCGCCAACCCCUAACACCAGCUGUGGCCCUCAGCCAGCUGGAGGCCCUGCAGGGGAAAAUGUCUGAUCUGGAAGAGGAGAACCUGGCCCUACGCUCUGAGGCCCGUCAUCUGAAGACGGAGACCAUCACCUUCGAGGAGAAAGAACAACAGCUGGUCAGCGACUGUGUCAAGGAGCUACGUGAGUCCAACAGUCAGAUGGUGAACCUGACAGAGGAGCUGUCCCAUAAGAAUGAAGAGGUGAUGCGACACCAGGAGGAGAUUUCCCAGCUCCUCUCCCAGAUAGUAGAGCUCCAACACCGCGUCAAAGAGCUGGCCCUGGAGAAAGAGGAGCUGAGGAUUCACCUACAGGCCUCGAAAGAUGCCCAGAGAUCACUCACUGCAGAGCUGAAUGAGCUAGCGGACCGUAAUGUAGAGUGUGUGGGGAUGCUACAUGAGUCUCAGGAAGAAAUCAAGGAGCUGCGCAGUAAGAACACUCCGUCUGCAGGCAUGAGACGACACCUGCCCUACGGACUCUUCCCCAUGGACUCCCUGGCAGCAGAGAUUGAGGGCACCAUGAGGAGAGAGCUGAGUGUCGAGGACGAGGUGGCUUUCCAGGACCAGAAAGUUUCCCAGAAGAAGGUGUUUCAGACUGUACGCGUGGUCAACGAGUCGGUAGAGCGAGCUGCGGCGAUGGCCACGCCCCCUAUCCCCGGCUCGGGAGGCAGCUGCCUGGUGAUGACGGCCCAGCCCUUCCUGUCCGCACAGGGGAUCGACCAAUCCCACGGCCGCGCCAAUAGGGAGGAGGUCCCGCUCGGCAAGCCUGGCGCACCAGGAGGAAAUGACCUCGUGUCGGCGCUGCACCGCCUCUCCCUGCGGCGGCAGAAUUUCCUGUGCGAGCGGCAGUUCUUCCAGGCGGAACGCGACAAGAAGCUGGAGGCCCUGGCUGGGGGGCCGGAAUCGGAUGUGGAGGGGAGUGGCUACAGCUCACCAAUGAGCAGCGUCAUGUCAUCCUUCACCAACCUAUCAGAGUUCUCGGUCUCGUCCAGCUGUUUUAAGACCUUCCUGCCUGAGAAGCUGCAGAUCGUCAAGCCCAUGGAGGGCUCUCUGACUCUGCACCACUGGCAGCAGCUGGCCAUGCCCCACCUGGGCACCAUCCUGGACCCCCACCCGGGCGUGGUCACCAAGGGCUUUCGGCCCCUCCCCCAUGAUGCUCUCGCCGACACCGUCUACCGCCUCACUGACCUGGAGGAAGACGAAGAGGGAGGCGACGAAGAACAGAAAUAUGACAUGAGAGGAAACAGAGGGAAGGAAGGGACAGACGCCUGGGAGAAGAAGGGAGAGGAGGAGGAAGGAGGGAUCACCUUCAAGGUGCAGUACUCAUCAACACCGGAGGAGAACAGGGAAAGGAUUAGGGAGCGUUUGCCGUUGAACGGGCCACCGGUGUCUCCCGUUUUCGUACCAGUACCAGGCUCUCCACAGCUCCCUCUAAUCCCGAUCACCUGUGACCUCCCUAUGACCUCUAAUGCCCCCUGUGACAUCAUCAGUGUCCCGGCCCUCUUGGCUCUGCCUGUCAGUGUAACGUCCAUGGCUCCUGUCCAAUCCCAGAGCCUGACUGUCACCAGUCUUACUACUACAACCUCCUCGUCAGUUUAUAACCCGGGGAAAUGUCAGAGUUCAACGUCUUCCACCUACACCUUUACAACCUGCCGCAUCCUGCACCCCUCUGACAUCACCCAGGUCACCUCCAGUUCCCACAGUCAGUCUUCUGUCUCAGAGUACACUCCCAGCUCCAUGAGGACAGGCCCCAGCACCCCGGUGACCCCCUGCAGGCUGAGUUUGGGGGUGGACUCCUUCCCCCCUCGCCGUCCCCCCGCCCCCUGUGGCCUGGCCAAGCUGGUCCUGGAGAGGGGCAUCUCUGCUUCCCUCUCCACCGCCGAUGCCCCCCCUCCCUCUCACCUUAAAGCCCCACUCCCCCAGCGUCUCCUCCCCAGCACGCCCCCCAACUCCCCGUCCCACUCGCCGACCCCCUCGCCUGUGCCCUUUGAGUCCCGCGCCUCGGCGCCAGCCACCUGUGACAACUUCCUGGCGUCGCGUCCGGCCGAGCUCUUCCUCCAGGAUGUGUAUGGGCUGAAGUUUGGCCGCACCCAUCGCCCCAACCUCCCCAGCCCCGACCCCACCUCACAUAGCUUCAGCCACGGCCCCAGAAUCAAAUCCAAAGCCAAACCCGACCCCAUCAAUGUAAACUUAGUCGAGAGGCUACGCCGGCUGGGAUUGGUCAAGGUUCCCCAGGGGGUGGAGCCGUUGUCAGAGUGCCUGGUGCGUCAGGACUCGGCCACCUUCCUAGCCACAGGCGGAGGCAGCCUAUUGGACGGCCUGCGGCGGAACCAGAGCCUCCCCGCUAUGAGUGGAGCGACGCGGGGAAGCCCCUCCCACCAUCUGGGCCAGGCCCCACCUCAGCCACCCACCUCCCUAGCCAUCGCCCCACCCCUCUGGGGCAACCUGAAGGGGCAGCGCUCUGUCCGCUCUAGGCCCGCCUCCACCUCCCAUGCCCCACCCCCUUCACUCAAACCAUGAAGAAGUUAUGACACUACAGGGAGACAGGGUUUGGAGGGGAGCCAGCACCGAACAGAAGCAUUUGGGCCCACACCCUCUCUCCUCUUUCCUCCCUCCACCCCUCCCUGCCUUGCUCCUUCUCCACAUCUCUUUUAGAUUGAUAUUCGAUGAAGAAAAGGGCAACAAGUGGGGGGAAAAAGUCCCUCUCCUUUUUAUAAAUUCUUUUUAAAAGCACAAUAUUGUUAAAAAUGGAAAUGUGCAUUAAUGCCACGGUGUAUAUGCCAUUUUAAAAGCCUUAGAUUGCCUGCAAAGGGCUUUACUAGCUGUUCUUAGCCUUGCCUGCCUUCCCCCUCCAGCCCUCUAGGAGCGCUGUAGGUAGACGUUCUCCCUGCUCUCUUCUGCUCUGCCCCUGCUACAGUAGUUAUUCAUCUGUGAGGCUCUGGAUGCUCAAAUAGAUGGGAAGAUGACCGAGGGGAUAAGUAAGUUGAUGAGGGCUUGAGAAUGUUUAGAGGGAUGGGGAAGAAGAGGUAAAAAGGGGAAGUGGCAGAAUGUGACAGAAUGUCAAGGAGAGGAAGAACAAACAAGAGAAAGAGAUGAGGGAGACGAGGAGGACAGUGAUGAGGGGGGAUGAGAGAAGAGCAGUGUAAAGAGAGAGCUUGAGCCUCCAGAGCCUCAAUGUCUAGGGGCUUGUUGUUCUGUAGUUCGAAUAGCUUUCUAAAGUUCAUUUUUAAAAGCAGUAGAGUAGUUUUUCAUGUGUAUAUACGCUAGCUAGACUCGCUACGCCCCUUAGCUUCUCUUAGGAACUAGGCUGGUGCCCAUGCACCUUACUACUGCCAGCCCGUUGCUAGGGAACUACAAUCUAGCCUUCCCAGUGUUACUACUAAUACAAUGAUCCUUUUGCUUUGCUGUCGUCAGGGGCAACUCUCUCUGUGCAUUGUAAUAGGCUACAACCAGUCUCUGAAAUGCAUGGUAUGUCCUGAAAACGACACACUUCUUUGCCUACAGGUCCCAGCAUGCACCUGGCCCUCUGGGGGUGGGUAGGACCCAGCCGUGCAGCGUGAUUGGCUGUAGUGGUCUGACUGACAGGUCCGAGGCUGCUCCUCCUCAGGUCUCCCAUAAGGAAGAGGUUGUAAAGCUUUAAAGGAGAAGCCUGUUUGUACUGUUGGGGUGUUUCUGGUUUAAAGCCAUGUGUAUAUUUUAUUAGACACUGAGUGGGAUUGGUAGGUUUUGUUUUGGAUGCCGUUAGCCUGGCCCCAGAUCUGUUUGUGCGGUCUUGCCAUACCCCUAUUGUCAUUGUCAUGUUACAGCACAAACUGAUCUGGAACCAGGCUAGGAUGCAGCUGGGAUGGACUAUUCCUCAGCUUGUGGAGAUCUGAGAGGAUUUGAUUGGUAUAACCAAUAUGGUGAAACUUCCACCUAGCCUAUCAGAGGGCACGGUAGAUGUAUUACCAAAUUGCUUACACCUGUCAAAUCCUGACAGACUCCCCACAAGUGCAUAGGGCUUAGAGGUCGAUUUGGGAUGGAAGGUUACAAGGUUAUUGACUGGAAACGGAGAACAUGGUAGUCGCUUAUCUCAGGCCCAUGGCGUGCUCAGGUCUGCGUUCAUUAGGGCACACCAUUGUGGAAUGUUCCAGUAGAAAUAUAUGCAGAACAAGUUCUAACGUUCCACAACGUUUACCUCCUCAACAUGCUCCUGGUACAAGAGGUUUGGUCCCAAACGGGGAACCAUCAGCAUCCUAGGUAGUAGUGGGUGUACUAUGUUUUGAUGCAGGUUAGCUCUGAGUCUCAUCUCAUGUAUGGUUCACUAUUACUGUGGUUAUGGUCUUUAAAGGUACUCUAUUCACUCAGCGGCCAGUAGAGGGCAGCAUGGUGUUGUGUGAUAUUGAACAGCUAUGAGACUAACGGCCUCUAGUACCUUCCACUGUAAUGCUGUUUAUUUUAAAUCUGAAAGGACUUGAUGGGUGUAGCGGCAGAGCCUAAGCAUUCUGGGGAAAUUCCAGCUAGCCUAUCAGAGGUCAAGGUCAAACAAAUCCACUAUUGUUAUUCCUUUCAGGUCUACUGGAGUGUGUAGUGGGGAGGGCCUAGACUAGAGCCUGGGUACCUGUCUGUGUUCACAUGACACAGAGUACAUGACCUGGAAUGCUAGCAAGACAGGUUCUGUAUUUCAAGCUAGCUAGACUAGUGUGUGACCCUUUGACCCGGUGCCCUUUGACCCAUACUUGACCCCUGGUGUGACUCUCAGACGUCCCUGCUAUGCCAAUUUCCUUACCGUCCGUCCAUAUGACCUGUCCCACUCAUGUACUGCACUUUUUAACCUGAUUUACAGAGAUCACUAGUUAGGAAAUAUUAUUAGUGACAAAUAUUGAUAUUUAGACUAGGUUAUAGCAUCAAAUACUGUAUCAUUAUCAAAGGUAAUAAGUUAUUUAGCAUUUCAUGUAGACAUUUAUUUUAGAUGUUUUGUUGUGCCUCCAUUGUGUGAUGAACCAUUGAAAAGGGAAUCCAAGCUGUCAUGUUUUUAAAACUGUAUAUCAGUGCAAACCAAAACUCAUUUUUAAAUACAGUGAAAUGCUUUGUGUUGGCUUGUGUGUGUUGUAAUACCUAUUACCUAUGUAACCACGAGGAAAGAGCAUCAGUUUUAUACUAGGCUUUCUGCUCUGGGGGAGGUAUAGGAGGAGAGGCUGUUCGUUCUAUUGCAUCUAGUUCUAUGAUUCACACCGUUGGCUCUAUUGAAUGUAGCUGAUGGGUGAUGGUGGAGGUUGUUAUGGGCUCUGUGUAGUUGGAAGUGUCCAUUAUUGGUUUUGGACCUGGCGCCUCUCCUCCAUGCUUCAUAAAAUACCCAAGAUGACCUUUUUGGUGCUUUUGCUUUAAUAAAGGAAAUGAGAAAU